AUGAAUGAAUACCGCGCAAUGCCAAACAUCAUCAUCAUCGGCGGUGGCAUGUGUGGCCUCGCCUCCGCCAUCUCCAUCUCAAAGGCCCUCUCCCCAUCACAGACUAACCUCAGCAUCACAGUGUACGAGCUCCGCAGCGUCCCCAGCACCCUCGGCGACCCGGUGAAUCUCACCCCCAAAGCCCUCCGAUGUCUGGACAUGCUCGGAGUCUUCGAGGAAUUAGAGCAGAUGAAGGCCGGCUGCGAGGUCGACGCCAUCCAGAUUCUCUCCCUGCGGACGGGCAAGGAGAUCGGGGUGAUUGACUAUACUGGUCCCGAGGGGACCGGGUUCGGCGGGUACAAGGGCUGGCGGAUAGAGUAUGGCAAGAAGCUGGGGAGGAUCGAGGAGCUCCCUGGUGCUGAUGCGGCGAGCGUCUACUUUGAGGACGGCACGAGUGCCGUGGGGGAUAUGGUGCUGGGCUGCGAUGGGAUUCAUUCUGCUGUUCGCGGUGUGCUUGUGCAGCCGGACCGGAAGCCCUCGUAUUCGGGAGUUGCUGCUGCGUAUGGCUUUGUCGAGGUGAAGGCUGUGCUUGGGGAGAAUGGCAGGCCGUUUUUCAAGGAUACAGCGCUGCUGAUGUCCCGGUAUGGGUCUGUGAUGACGACCUUCUGCGACCAUGACCGGGCGCUCGUCUACGUGGUUGUGCUGAUGCGGACGGAGGAGCAAGGGUCCCGAGAAGGGUGGAAGUUGCUGGAGAAGGAUCAGGAGAUGGUCCGCAAGGAAGGGAUGAGGAUCACGCAGCAGUCGGCCAUCCCUGAAGCUGAGAAAUUCAUCGAGGCUGUGGAGGACUGGACUUUUUAUCCGAUCUACCUCCUCCCUCCUAACGGGCAAUGGGCCACUGACCGGGUGCUGCUCCUGGGAGACGCUGCUCAUGCGAUGCCCCCCAAAGGCGAGAGCAUCGGUCAUGCCCUGGAGGAUGCGAUCAAAUUCGCCGAGGUCCUCUCGCGUUACGGGACAGAUGACUCCAAGACCUCCUUCCGCUUCUUCGAACACAUUCAGCGAAAGAAAGUGGAAGCUGCCCAUCAAGCCGCAGUCAGAGGCUGGAUGCCGGCUCAUGACAGGGGCGCUGUGUUUGCCACGGUAUUCGAGUGGAUCACUCCAUUGUUCUUGUGGUGGAUGAGGAGGGAACAGCAGCAGGACUUUCUGGAGGAUCCCACAGACAUACCAUGUCCGGAUGGUGACUAG